AUGUACACUACGGCGACGGUUCUCUCCGGGUACAACUGGGGUUCCCCGACAGUACGACAGCCUCGGUCGACCUUUGACGGGGCGGUCAACGAAACGUACGAUGUCGGCGUAGUGACGGUCGUAUCGGCCGGCAACCUAAACCAGGAUGCCUGCCGGCGGUCGCGCGCAAGAGCGGAGCGUGCUUUCACGGACGUGGCCACUGACUGGAACCGUACCCGCGCGUCCUUCUCCAAGUCUGGGGCCCUCGUCGAGAUCUUUGCGCCGGGCGUCGCGGUGCGGCCCUUCGACCUCGGCAACGGGACCACGACGUACUCGGGCACGUCCGGUCGAGGGCGUGGUGCAAGACGCCUAAGACGGUGCGAACCUCCUGGCGUUCAAUGGCGCUGCUUCCCGCACAACGUGGCUUUUGAAGCUCAGGACUGGUGGUGUAAGCCGUCCGCAUGCGCCAAUGCCGCAUCGCUUUUGUCAACUCCCCGGCGUCGUGUGGUCACAGAGGAGGAGCGGGUUCUCUCCAGUCUCCAGCGAAGAAGCUCUUGGUGGGAUUCCAUCAAUGGGCCUCAUGCACGAGGUUUGGGACAUCCCGGUAGUUAG